CAUUCCUGUGUGUAUCAUAGUACUCUGUUACUUCCUUAUUUGGUUGUCUGGCAUUAACUCCCGUCAUGGUCACAUUUUAAUAAUGUAAUAAUAUACAGGUAAGUCCUACACGUGUGCGUUGGUUAUGGAUUAAGCACGCACUGGGGCGAAAAGUCCGAUCGAACCUGGGAAAAUAGUCUCGCGGAUGGCUACAUAGAUGACUCGUCCAUGCGUGGUGCGAUUGCGUGCGGACGCGGACGCAAGCGCUCGCUUGUGUGUGUUCUGGCCGGAAGUAAAGUUUCGGAGCAAACUUCCAGUGUGACCCGUGAGUCUGCGUGAACGUGUGAUUCGCCACAAAUUUGUUUUCUAAAAAAAAAAAAAUGUCCUCGGUUUGCAAGUAUUAUCGCCAAGCGUCCGUCAUCUACAUGUAAAAAUCAAUGAUCCUUAGAGGCAGCCUAUUCACAAGAUAUCGAUGUAACUGCCUUUUGGAGCCAGAAUUAUUUUUUUUUUUUUGUUUACCCAUGGCCUAAAUUUAAAAGUGAAUCUUUUGAACUCAUUCUGGCCCAUAAAGGUCCAUGUUACUGGUAAACCAUGCCCUUACCAUUUGUAUUUAAACUUAAGAGGACACGAAGAUAUACUGUCUCCAGCAAGAGCUGUCUGGUCACACGCAUACAGCUGCUUAAUGGCGAAUUUGUUGAGUUUACACUUUCUGUGGAGAGCACAGGCCAGGAAUGUUUGGAAGCAGUUGCUCAGAGACUCGAGUUACGAGAGAUAAUGUAUUUCAGUCUCUGGUACUUUAACAAACAAAACCAGCAGCGAUGGAUUGAUUUAGAAAAGCCUCUGAAGAAACAGCUUGACAAGUAUGGGCAGGAACCCACUGUUUACUUUGGAGUCAUUUUCUAUGUGCCGACAGUUUCCCAACUACAGCAAGAAAUAACCAGAUACCAGUAUUACCUCCAACUGAAGAAAGAUGUUCUGGAGGGCAGGAUUCCUUGCUCAAUUGAACAAGCCAUCCGGUUAGCUGGCUUGGCUGUACAAGCUGACUUUGGAGAUUUCAACCGCUAUGACUCGCAAGAAUUUCUUCAAAAGUUUGUUCUUUUCCCCAUCGAAUGGAUUCAAGAUGAGAGGGUUGUUAAAGAAGCAACUCAAAAAGUUGCCCUUCUUUAUCAGAGCUAUCGAGGUAUGCCAGUACCAGAAGCAGAAUUGUUGUACAUGCAAGAAGUGGAAAAGAUGGAAGGCUAUGGUCAAGAAAGUUUUCAAGCAAAGGACAGCCAGGGUGCAGAUAUACUCAUUGGUUCCUGUCUGGAAGGGAUUUUUGUUAAGCACAAAAAUGGCAGAGCACCUCUUUUAUUCCGAUGGAAUGACAUUAACAACAUGACUCAUAACAAGUCCUUUUUUGCCUUGGAGCUGGCCAACAAAGAAGACACCAUACAAUUUCAGACUGAGGACAUGGAGACUUCCAAAUAUGUGUGCAGAAUGUGCUUGGCACGGCACAGAUUCUAUAAGAUCAACAAAAGUACUCUAGAAGAAUCUGAUGCUCCACCUUCUGAAAGUUCCCAGAAGUCGAUUCUCACUCUUUCAUUUCCACGCUUUCCAAUGCUCUCUCGUCCUUCUCUGCCUUCUAACAAGGGGCAAGCUGAACCAACACCAGUGAACCCGGUUAGACGACGCUCCUCCACAAGAAUUUCAAUGCCCAAGCCUCAGACAUACAUGAUGCCACCACAUCAGUUGCACUACAAUAGCCAUUACCGGGAGCCUUACAAAUCAUCUCAAGACAAUCUUUACAUAAACAAUCACAACGGCUACUACUACCACUCGCAAACCAGUCUAGACCAUUCACCACAUGAGUACAAUGGAAGACUUCGAAAUGGCAGUGUGUACAGCGCUCACAGCACCAGCUCCCUCACCAACCCACAACACUACAUGCAGCCAUCCCCUAUGUCUUCAAAUCCAAGCAUCACAGGCAGUGACAUUACACGGCCUGAAUACGUGCCUUCUCAACGCCACAGUGUUCUGAUCCCACCCUCAUACCGUGCCACACCCGACUAUGAGAGCGUCAUGCGCCAGAAGAACCACAGUGCGAUGGCAGCCAUGCCCGACCGUCACAGCCAUUCAAUGAGGAACCUCAAUAUCGGAAACUCUUAUGCCUAUAGUCGACCCGAUCCACUAGUAUACAGCCAGCCUGAGAUUCGAGGAACUGCAGCUCAAUAUCACCUACACUACAGCUUUCACAGCCCAUCACCAUACCCAUACCCAGGUGAGAGGAGGCCAGUGGUGGGAGCAGUCAGCGUGCCUGAACUCACUGAUGUGCAGCUGGCUCAGGCCCAUGCCUACCCAGCACCCAACAUAAUGGGGGCUCAGGUGUAUCGACCUCCUCCGCCUUACCCCUACAGCCGCCCACGGCCAGCCAACAGCACACCAGACCUGUCGCGUCACCUUCAUGCAAGCAGCAGCAGCCCUGACCUGAUCACGCGCCGUGUGCACCACUCGGUGCAAACUUUUCAGGAAGAUAGUCUACCUGUGGCACACUCACUACAAGAAAUGAGUGAGCCACUAAUCCCCACCACCACACGCCGCCCAUACACACACAAGCGCAAUUCUAUUGAGCUUGCUGGUCUGACGUAUGGUCUGGAAAACAUGAGGCUCAAGGAGAGGACUGCUUCUGCAUCCGAGACACCGUCCAAGCUCGCGCAACCUGUUGCUCUCCCUGCUUCUUCCUCUGACCUUGACAUCUUCCAGGAGAGGAAUGAGACUGAGAACAUGAUUCUGAAAGAUGUGCACUAUGGGCACAAAAAAUCUCUAUCUGAUGCCACCAUGCUUGUCCACAGUAGUGGUGAAGAAGAGGAAUAUGAGGAUGACAGUGGCCGACACACGCCACUCUCCCAGGAUGCAGUAGCUUCUCCCAAGGAUCAUAUCAAUCUUUUGGAAAUCCCUUUAAUAGAGACCCCUCUACCUGCCUAUCCUUUUAGCCCCAAUUUGGAUCAGGUUAUACCCAACACUCUUGGUUUUCAACUCCAGCCUCGUAUUCAUGAGCAGGACGAGACAGGUUCUCUGUACCCAUUUAAUGAGGCAGAUGCCAUCAUGCCUUCGGUUUCAGAAGGAGAUCUGAGCAAUCCGUGUCGAUGGAAGCCCAAAAGAGACAUGAUCAAAAAAAGACCGGUCUCGGAUGUACCCACUGCACGAAGAAACAUUGAUGGCCUUCCACCCCCUGGCAUGAAGAAAGGUGUACGUUCAGAGAUGAAGAAGACGGGUCCGCAGAAGCUGGCGACCCUUAAUGGCUUGACACUUGCUCGAAUGGCCAUAUCUGAUGAAAGCAAAGACGAGCAUGGGAAAGCCUCUAAUGAUGACCGGUGUAAGCUACUGGAGCAACAUCUAGAAUCGGGUCUGGUGUUUACAGAAUAUGAGCAAAUACCAAAGAAAUGGCCAAACAAAGAGUUCAGCAUUGCUCAGCUGCCGGAUAAUACAGAAAGAAACCGAUUUCAUGAUGUACUACCUUACGAUGAUACACGGGUAGAGCUUGUGCCCAUUAAAGAGAACAACACCGGAUAUAUCAAUGCUUCUCAUAUCAAACUUACAAUUGGUGGGGAGGAGUGGAAUUAUAUUUCAGCUCAGGGUCCUCUCCCUAACACAUGUCAAGACUUUUGGCAAAUGGUUUGGGAACAUGGGGUUGCAAUUAUUGCAAUGGUUACUGCUGAAGAGGAGGGAGGACGAGAAAAGAGCUUCCGUUAUUGGCCCCGUCUAGGUUCUCGUCACAACACUGUUACUUACGGCCGCUUUAAGAUCACUACACGUUUUCGCACAGAUUCGGGUUGCUAUGCUACCACAGGCCUGAAGAUUAAACACCUACUGACAGGCCAGGAGCGAACUGUCUGGCACCUACAAUACACAGACUGGCCUGACCACGGCUGUCCAGAGGAUUUUAAAGGCUUUCUGGCAUAUUUGGAGGAAAUUCAGUCUGUAAGGCGGCAUACCAACAGCACCAGCGAUCCAAAGAACACAAACCCUCCCGUGCUUGUGCACUGCAGUGCAGGGGUGGGGCGCAGUGGUGUGGUCAUACUCUCUGAGAUCAUGGUCGCCUGUCUGGAACAUAAUGAGAUGCUGGACGUCCCUACUGUUCUAAACUUGCUGCGACAGCAACGCAUGUUGAUGGUGCAAACAGUUUCCCAAUACACCUUCAUCUACAAAGUUCUAAUACAGUUUCUUAAAAACUCCAGACUUAUAUAAGCUCACAUGGUUGGCCAUGCUGCCCCAUGCCUGGACAAUGUUGUUGUCAUAACUGGAACAGAUCAUUAGGCCUCACAGGAUUUUGCAGAGUGUGAAAGGACAGUGUGCUGAAGAUGGAGACUAAGGUGCACCUUCCACUCCAAUUGCACUUUCUCUGAGUAUUAGUGAACGAUCAGAAGGAGGUAGGGAAGAUAUGAAGGAUGCUGGAAAAACCAGCAUAUACAUUCUCAUUUAAUCAGUAUUAUUCAGAUAUUUCACUGUGGAGUUUUACACUAUAUGAUUGCUACUAAUGAAUCUCAGCACUUUUAUUUUACUACAAUGAGCAAAUGACACAAAAUGCUGCAUCUGUAUUGUUAAAUGCAUAACAAUAUUGCUUUUUAUAACGGUUUAUUUUUCUUAAUUCCUAUCUUGGUUGAUAGUUGAUGGUUUACUCAGUUGAAAUGAACAUAUUAGCCCCAAUGUUUAAAGUGUGCAAGGUUAAGGAUAAAAGUGAAGGUUCCUUUUGUGUAUUGUAGGAUGACAACAUUAAAUUAUGCACUCAAAAUGAAGGAUAAACACCUAAUGCUGUAUGGUUCUGCACUCUCUCUAGAGGUUUGCAUAUAUGUAUGCAGUCCUUCCCAAAUAAUAGAGUAAUGUGAAAUGCUUAAGCAUUACAUACAAUGUGUUGCAGUGAUGUGCAUGAUGGGUAAGGAUACAGCCAAAGAGAAGUUAUGUUUGUGUGUAUAUAUUGAUUGCAUACGCAAGUAUUAUAAAAUAAUUUAUAUUGUUCCAUAUAAAAUGUGUCAGUAAGGGUUUAUUAUACUCAAGACACGCAUCUUUUUCAGCAGGAUUCUAAAACUAACAAAAAGGUGUCCAUCAUGAUUUUAGGGUGUAUGAAGAAUGGCUAAAUAGUUUCUUUUUUUUUGUUUUUGUUUUUUUUGUUUAUAGCCUGGUUCCUAAACCUAAUGACAACUGAUAAUUUACCAAAGAUGUUUCAGCUGAGAUUGUUUUAAUAUAAUGUAAAACCUGUUAAACACUGGUAAAACUAAAUAAGAGUAUAAUGAAAUUGUACUAAUGUGCCAUGUUAGUUUAUGAGCACAUAAAAGCUGUUUAGUUCUUGCCAGUCUUGCAGAUCAGCUGUGAUGCAAGUGAUUGCAGCCUGUUCUAUUGCCUACAUUUCAACACAAACUUAGUGUUUGUGUUGAUCUGACACAAGGACUUUGCCUGGAUCUGCUAUCGAAUCAGAGAUCGUAGACUCCAGUUUAAUAUCACCACCUUUAAGCUUAUAUUUAUAGAUUGUUUAAAGUAUUAAUGCUAUUGAAUUCAGCUAUUCAUAAAUCCAACUGGAUUGGCUUUAGCCCACUAGUGCCUGUGAGAUCAAUUCUAAAUGGUCAGAAAUAUUUUAGCUGUUUGUUUGACUGUCCACAUUGGUUACAGAAUGUAAUUUGUUUGGUACUACAUGAGUUUAUGUAGAACUGUGCCCGCUUAUCUCAAUUGUCUAAACAAUUAAUGCAAAACUUAAAUGUUUCAUAACACAAAUUAAUAUUUUCAAGUUUGUAUAAAGUCACAGUGAGACUUGGUUAGAUUAGGAAUAGCUUUAGAGGGGCUGAAAUGGGAAUUCCUAUUCUAUGCUAUUCCUAUGUUGAACUAGGAAGUUUUUCACAAAUUACAUCCAAAACAAUUCUAUUUUUUAACUUAGAAAUCAGCUGUAAAGUUUGCAAAUGCAAAUUUUCAUUAAACGUUUUGACAUGGAAUAUGUUAAAUAUUUAAUUUCCUCAGCACUGCAAAGAGAUCAUUACAGACACUCUCCAACAUAUUACCUCAAUCUUUUUUCCCCCUCAGGAGGGGGAGUGUGUAGUAUUCAAAUAUAGAAAUGGUGAUAAGAUCCAAAAACUUGGGGGUAAAAUGCAGUCAAUAUCCAAGCUAUUUUUUUUUUUUUUGGAUGAAAAUAGGCUAUUCUAUAAAUGUGCCACAUGUUUUCCAAUCAUAGUUAGUGUUUUUGAAAGGGCAGAUUUUCUUAUUUGUCUAAGAGAGCUAAGCUUCACCUUUUAUAUGAAUUUAAAUUCAUGGAUUAUUUCCCUUUAUGUAAACUUUAAAUUAAUUUGGUGCAUGGAUGUAGAAUAAAUUAAUUUCCCAUUUAGUUGAUCAUCCCUACCAUUCAAUAAAGGGAUUCAAACUAAUUAGGAUAAAUGCCAUAUCUAUCUAUAUUUGUAUUAUUCUUACUGUGUAGUUACUUAUGGGUCUCUCUUUUGCACAUUGAUACCCAAUAUGCCCAGUUCUGUCCAAACUCUUAAGCUAAACUGUCAACUGUUUGUGUAAUAAUUUGUAUGCAAUCAGUUUAUUUUCGGUGAACAGCAUCUUUUUUUCUCUAGACUGUCUCACUAAUGUAUAAAUAUUAGAGUAUAAAUUAGGAAGUGCAGAUUUUGUGCUGUUUUUGUAUGUAAAGGCACAACCCCCCCCCGUUACAUUAAAACAAUGUUACAGAGAUUGAAGACAUUUUAUGAACUAAAGGCAACACUGAUUUAAUGUUAGUGCUGUUUGUUUUAAUAUAUGCAAAGAAAUAUACACUAUAUUGUUACUACUUAUUUGUAGUCAUGUUAAGCCUUUCCUCGUCUGUUUGGGCUCAUGGGUUGAAGAUAUAUGCUAUAAAUCAAGAGUUCAUAUCCCAGUGUAAAUGACUUGUCCAUAAAAAUGCUUUCAUUCAGCAAUUAAAUAUUUUAAAUAAAUUGUUUUUGUUUUCAUACUGA